GGGGAGUUUUGUCCCUGAGUGUAGGAGCAGAUGACAAAAGCAAAUAUAUAUUCGAUUUCAUGUGGAAUGGGAAGCGCUACUGCAUAGAUGCUUCAAAAGAGGAUGGAACACUGGGACGACUAGUGAAUGAUGAUCACAUACAGCCCAACUGUAAAGUCAAAAGAAUAAUGGUCCAAGGAAAGCCACACUUGUGUCUUUUUGCUGUCAAGGAAAUCUUUCCAGGCGAGGAGAUCACAUAUAACUAUGGCGAUUCCUCUUGGCCAUGGCGCUCAAUGGCACCCGGUGAAGAACAAUCUCACCCGAAGUUGAGAGGAAGUGAGCCAGGCUCAGAAAAGUCACAGGAGGUGUGCAGCGGUCGUGAUUUGAUGACAGAGGUCAGGGCAGCUCCGUCAACAUUAAAGGAUGACAUUGCACCCGGUGAAGAACAAUCUCACCCGAAGUUGAGAGGAAGUGAGCCAGGCUCAGAAAAGUCACAGGAGGUGUGCAGCGGUCGUGAUUUGAUGACAGAGGUCAGGGCAGCUCCGUCAACAUUAAAGGAUGACAUUGCACCCGGUGAAGAACAAUCUCACCCGAAGUUGAGAGAAAGUGAGCCAGGCUCAGAAAAGUCACAGGAGGUGUGCAGCGGUCGUGAUUUGAUGACAGAGGUCAGGGCAGCUCCGUCAACAUUAAAGGAUGAUAUUGCACCCGGUGAAGAACAAUCUCACCCGAAGUUGAGAGGAAGUGAGCCAGGCUCAGAAAAGUCACAGGAGGUGUGCAGCGGUCGUGAUUUGAUGACAGAGGUCAGGGCAGCUCCGUCAACAUUAAAGGAUGACAUUGCACCCGGUGAAGAACAAUCUCACCCGAAGUUGAGAGAAAGUGAGCCAGGCUCAGAAAAGUCACAGGAGGUGUGCAGCGGUCGUGAUUUGAUGACAGAGGUCAGGGCAGCUCCGUCAACAUUAAAGGAUGACAUUUGCCACCAUAGUGUUACCUGCUCACUUGUCAGCUGUUUGGACCAUUGUGAAGAUUGCACAGGACCUGUCUCCAGUCUAAAAUGGCUUGGUCUCACAUGCAAAUUGUGUUCAAGAUCCUGGCACAAAUCCUGCUUUUUCAAGAAGAAUCAGUCGCUGCUGACACUGCACCAAGGUCUGAUGGAUCCAACUCUGAUGAAGAUGUUGUAACUGACACUGAACUAUUUAGUGAUAGUGAGGAU